ACCAACUGAUAAUGUUGAAUUUGGUCGCAAUACAAUGUGUCAUUUUCUAUCAUCAUUCUUUCGAAGCCUUACUCGAGUAACUGAUGUUCAACAAGAGAAAUUUUUCAAUUCAAUUAACCAAAUUGUUAUUAAUACGCCAAGUGUAUUUGUAACUGAUAGUGAUAAACAACAUACACUUGAUGAUAUUCGAACAACAAAUUCUUAUCAUUUCGAUAUUUAUAUAGUUUCAUUACUUAUUUGGACAUUAUCAUCAAAAAAAUUUACUUCAAUACAAGAAAAUACUAUUGGUGUACUUGCUAAUCUUUAUGGUGAAUUAUCACUUCGUUGGCCAGCACUGUUUCGAAUAUUUACAAAUGAAUUAAUUGAUACAUUAAAUGAUACAAUUAAAUAUGAUGUUGAAUUUAUUGAAGAAGAAAUUCAUCAACCAAAACGACUUUAUCGUUUUAUUGUACCUGAACAAGUUAGUUCAUCAUUUUCAAAUAAUGUAACAAUUGAACGAUGUAUUAUUGAAUUUACUUGCUCAGAUGAUAUAAGUAGUUUUCAAAUAAAUUUAAUUUCGGUACUUAAACAUCUUGCUAGUACAUUAUCGACAUUACUUGAUCGACAAACAAUUUCAAAUUUAAUCGGAACAUUAUGUGAAUUAAUUCGUACAGGUGAUAUACAUGUCAAAUCGGCAACAUUUUCAUUUUUAUCGACAUUUAUUGAACAUCGUUCAUUAGGAUUAUUAAUGAAUGAUUUAACAUCCUAUGUACAUUUUUCAAUAUCAGAUAUUCUUUUAACAAUUAUGAAUUUUAUUCAUACAGAACCAAAACAUUCUAUACAACUUGAACAUGAUUUUGCACAUUUUAUUCAUACUAUAUGUCAAAAUCAUGAUGAAGUCAUCAAUUUCUUUAUUGAACAUAUUGGCUUCGUUAUACCUCGUUUAAAAGAUUUACUUGUACAUGUUAGUAUUGCAAGUAAAGCUGAUAUUGAAUUUCAUAUGAAUAAUAGAUCAUUAAGACUUUUUGGUGAAGUUCAAACAGAAAUUUAUCUUGAACAAUUUUGUAUAUGGUUAACAAUUUUAUUUGAAUGUGGACAAAGAGAUAUUGGUAUUAAUUCAUUAUUAGUUAUACAUGCAUAUGAAAUAGUUGAACAUUUAUUAGCAAAUCUUGAUGAAUGUCUAUUAGCAAAAUAUUUAAAUCAUGCAUUAGGAAAAGUUAUUAUUUGGUUAAUUCAAGAAAAAUAUCGAGCUUCACCACAAUCGUUUCGUGUACGACGAAUACGUUUAUUAAAAACAAUAUGGCAACAUUUGAAAACUACAUUAGAAAAAAGUACAUUCAAUAAUGAAGAGGAUGCUUUACAACGUGUUUUUAAUGUUUAUUGUUUGAUAACUUCUGUUUCUCAAGCAUAUAUUUCAUGUCAGAUACGUCAAAUUAAAUUAGAAUCCAUAGAAGAAAAUGAAUUUUAUGCUAGUUGGUUAACAAUAGAUGAAAUUAAUUCAAUUUAUGGUUAUUUAAUUAAUACACUUGUUUAUCUUGGCAAUAGUGUUACUGUAGGAUUAUUCUCUCUUGCUUAUGAAUAUGUCCUAGCUACUAUAGUUGCAACAUCUGUUUAUAUAUCAGAUCAAUUAGAUAAUCGUUUACGUGAAGAUACUCUAUCAAUUUUAUGUCUAUCUUGGUUAUCAUCACUAUCUGACUGGCAUGAUUUUCAACCUAGAAUGGAUACAUGUAAAAUAACUAAACAACUUGCACAAACAUUUCAAUCGAAAUUUAAUCAAAAUGAUCGCUUAAUAUCUUUAAAAUGUUUAUCUUUAUUCAAUGCACAGUUUUAUCCAAAACUUCGUCUUCAUAUUUUUUCAUUAUGUCUUCAUGAUACUGAUAUAAAUACACAAAUAAUGGCACUUGAAGUAUUACCAUUAAUGCAAUAUAAUUUACAAACAACAACGUUUCUAUCAAUAUUUUACACAAAAUAUUGUUCGAAAAAUAUCGACGAACGACUCAAACCAAUAGUUAUGGAUAUUUGGCGUACACACCGAUGUUUAUUCGAUGUUGAUGCAAAUACAAUUCAAUUAAAAAUUCACGAUUAUUUCGAUCAAACAAUUUUUAAAUCAUUUGAACUUAUUUGUACUUCGUGUUUACCAUUCAAUCAUCAUUUAUAUAUGCGUACUCGUUCAUCAACAAUUUCAUGUAAUUCAACAUUAUUUUCUUUAUCAAAUAUUCUUCCUAUAUUUCAUCUAUUCAAUCAAACAUCUAUGUCAUGUAAUUAUUUAUCUUUAAUUCAUUUUUUUCAAACAUUUGAUUAUCAUCCAUCAUUUAUUCGUCCAUUAAAUGAUACUGAUGAAAAUUUUCUUCAAUUAAAAUCUUUCUUUAAUUCUUAUCUCAAUGAAAAUAAUCAAGAGCGUUUAUGUUUAUUAUCUAUAAUGCCAUAUUUAUUUAAAACAAUAUUAAUAUCAAAUAAUCGUCAAUGGGAUAAUUCACUUAACGAUAAUCUUGAUCAAUUUUUAUUUGAUACAUUAACACAAUUAAAUAAUGAUGCUAUACGACAAGCAGCAGAACAUCAUGAUGAUGAUUAUAGUCGUUUAAUACAUUUAUGUGGUUUAAUUGCACGACGUACAUGUAAUGAAGAUAUAUUUGUAUUUGUUUUAUUUAUAUUAAUCAAUGGUUUAGCAACAUCAUUUCAACAUACAUCACAAAUUGAAUUAAUGAAUAUUGCUAAAGAUGAAUAUUUACAAAAUCAAAAUAA